UAAUUAGUGUGCUAAAUAAUUUUGAUUUAUUCGAUUCACUUUAUUUCCAACUAUAUGGGUUUUACACGGUUUACAAUAUUUCUAAAACAAUUUUCUCAUUUAUCGGAUUUAAUACAUCAUGUAUGCGCGCCAUAGGCCACGUCUAUAGAAAUCCCCACUUCUGCUAAAAUGCGGCUAGUUCGAGGAGGUAAGUAUGUGGGGUAUAAAACCUAGCAGUCGUCUUUCCAAAUGCUAGUUCAAUCCAACGCGUUCCCUCGAUACAUUACCAGUCAUUUCUCCCUUUUAUUUCCAUCAGUAAUAAUUACACUUCCGUGAGAACCACAGGAGUUCAGAAUGGAGUCCCAUGUACCCAAUUCACCAUCCCGAUGCACGUGGACACGAAGUGGAACUAAUUCACCGCAUAUUAAACGUGACGUCUUCAAUGACAGGAAAAAGGUCUUACCUGACAUCUUAGAGGUCAUCGGACAGACACCCAUGGUGAAGCUGAAUAAAGUUCCGAAGUCACAUGGAGUAAAAUGCGAAGUUUUUGUAAAAUGUGAAUUCCUCAAUCCUGGAGGAUCUGUCAAAGAUCGAAUUGGUUAUCGAAUGGUUCAGGAUGCUGAAGCCAAGGGAAUCUUGAAGCCAGGCUCGACAAUAAUUGAGCCAACAAGUGGCAAUACUGGAAUUGGUCUAGCAGUAGCUGCAGCAGUCAAAGGGUACAGGUGCAUAAUCGUGAUGCCCCAGAAAAUGUCAAAUGAAAAACUUCAUACACUUCAAGUCUUGGGCGCUGAAAUUGUUCGGACACCGACUGAAGCUGCAUGGGACAGUCCUGAAGGCCACAUUCGUGUUUCUGAGAAACUUCGGAAGGAAAUUCCCAACAGUGUUAUUUUAAAUCAAUACAUCAACCCCGGAAAUCCUCUGGCGCACUAUGAUCAAACCGCUACAGAGAUUUGGGAGCAGACAGACGGAAAAGUAGACUAUAUAGUUGUUGGAGCUGGCACUGGAGGCACAAUAAGUGGAAUCGGUCGUAAAAUCAAAGAGUUAUCACCGAAAACUGAAAUUGUUGGAGUCGAUCCGUUCGGAUCUAUUCUUGCUCGACCUGCAAGUUUGAAUGACUCAAAGACUACGUAUUACGAUGUCGAAGGAAUUGGGUAGUCUUGGACCACACAGUUGUCGACCACUGGCUGAAGAGUAAUGACCACGAAGCAUUCAACAUGUCACGUCAGCUAAUUAAAGAAGAGGGUCUUCUGUGCGGUGGUAGCAGCGGUGCUAAUUGUAUUUCAGCUCUCAAAUUUGCAAAAGAUUUACCAGCUGACAAGCGGGUUGUCGUUAUUCUACCCGAUGGCAUCCGAAAUUACAUGACCAAGUUCGUUUCUGAUCAUUGGAUGGAGGGAAGAGGAUUCAUGGAACCUCCAGCACCAGUGGAAGGCAAUAAAUGGUGGUGGAAUCAGCCAGUGUCCUCCAUGCCCAUCGUCAACCCCUCACCUUUGCAAGAAGACACAACUUGUCAGGAGGCCCUCCACCUUCUAAAGGCGCAGGGAACCGAUUUCAUUCCAAUAACCAAUAAUGAUGGCCAAAUAAAAGGCUUCCUCACUUCAAAUACUCUAAUGACUGGGCUGAUCAGUGGUUCUGCUAAGAAAACCGAUCCCGCGAAAGAGCUCAUUACCUAUUUCUUCACGAAACUCAAUAUAAAUGCAACUCUUGGCAGAGCAUCUCGUGUUCUUGAAAGAGAACCCUUCGUCCCAAUCAUUGACGAGAGUCAAAAUUCUAAGCUAGUUGGAAUCAUCACUCAGAAAAUGCUGUUAGAAUAUAUUUCUAAACACAACGAAUCUCAGAGUAAUGGAAGUAAUGGAACCAUCUAAACUGCUAUUGAUGAUUUUCUUCGCAAAUUUUCUAAAAGAGCAUCAUCCAGUUUUCUAUUGGUAAUAUAUCAAGAAUAACGAAAAUCUAGGGACCUUUUUCAUCAAUCAUAAAAGCUCCAAACGAUAUAGUUUUAAAUUCCUCAGAUUAUGGAAAUAAGACCUGUACGAGAAUGUUGGAUUUGGCUCUUUUUACCUUUGAUAUAGAUACAUUUUUUUAUAUCUGUUGAAAUGUUUUUCAUGCUAAUUCAAAUCAGAGAUUCUGAAUUUUGUAAAGCAUUUCACGCCAUUUUUUAUAAUGCAUUGUUAUUUUCUAAUGAAAUUAAUUUUGAAUGUUUAUAGAGUGGAGGGAGAUUUUCAAUUAAAGGAAAACAUAUUAUUGUCCUUAAAUUUACACCAUUUUGUCAUAAUAUAUCAAAUUGCUGCUCUAAAUAAUUUACAGUGUGUGUUUACUCAUCUAUAAUCUUGAAGUAAUCCCCAAUUGUUUGUAUUGAGUAAUAAAAUAGUAAAACGAAAUGAAUCAAUUCAAUCAAAA